AUUCUUUUGACGACAACAACAAUGAUGGACAACAAUAAUGGUGGUCAUCAUCAUCAUGAUAAUAAAAUCAAUUCGAUUGUAACCGCUACUGCUACCACUACCGCCGCCGCCGCCACCACCACCACCACGAAAGGAGGACCAAAAAUAAUGAAAAUGCUGAGUGAAAAUAAACUUAAACGAUUGAAUAUUUUGACAUUUAUCAAUGAAAAAAAAGACAUUUUAUUCACAAAGAAAAAAUACAAAAUCGAAAAAGAACAUAUAUGGCGUGAAAUAUUCAUAAUGAUGCGUGAUUCUGGCAUGGUAUCAGCGGAAAAAGAUUGGCGCUACGUUCGUGAUGUAUCAUUCUCAAAUUGGCGUAAACGUGCACAUAAACGUUUGAAAUAUCUGGCAUCCAAUGGUUAUCGUCUGAAUAUGGAUGAAUGUGAAUUUCUUAUAUCAGAUAUUCUGGGACAAACACCAGAUAAAUCGAUGAUAAAAAAAAUUCAAAAUGGAUUCAAACAACAACAAAUGAAAACAACUAUUAAACAUGAAAAUAACAAUGAAAUCGAUGACGAUGAAGAUGAAGUUGAUGAAGAAGAGGAAGAAGAAAUGAUUGAAUCCGAUGAUGAAUACAUGAUUGAUUCGGAUGAAGAAGAUUCGCAAUUUAUUAUGGAUGAAAUGUUACUCAUACCAAAAAUUGUCAUCAAUGAUCAUCCAAACAAUAAAUCUAAUUCAAUGACCAACAAUGAAUCAUCAAAUAUGAAAAAUAAUGUUAAAAAUCAACCACACGUUAUUCAUCAUCGUAAUAAUAAUAAUAAUAAUGGUACAACAACAAUGGUUAAUGGUAAUGGUAAAUCAUCAUCAUCAUCAUCGAAACCAAUAAUCCAAAAUGUUAUUAAUAAUGAUCACCAGUAUGAAUAUCAAAGUGAACAAAGAUUACUUGAAUUGGAGAUUGAGAAUAAAAUACUGAAAAAUCGUUAUAUGAAAUUAAAGAUAUUGGAAUUGGAAAAAAAUCUUGGUUUCAGCCAUUGUGAACAGGUUAAAGAACUUUUAAUUUCAUCGAAUCAUCAUGAUCAACGAUAAUGAUGAUGAUGAUGACGACUACUACUUUUAUGUGCCAACAUUCAUGUCAACAAUUGAAUUAACUUUCUCUUUUCUAACCAGCCUCCGACCCACACCAACAUACGUAUUUUACUCCCUGUUGUCCAACAUUGUUUGUUUCAGCUAAACACACACACACACACAAACAUAUCGUACAAUUUCUUUCGCUCUCAAAAAAAAACCAUCAACAUCAUAUCCAAUUUUCAUUCCGAUAAAUAAUAAUCCACAUAUCGAAUCUAUAGAACAAGAUAAUCUGCAAAUCGAACAAUUUGAUAAUUUAACUUUAAUGCAUAUCUCUCAUCUACUUUCUCUUUCAAUGGGGUAAUGAUUUAUUGAUUGAUCAAUGAUUUUUUUUUGCUUGUUUUGUUUUGUUUUUUUGCCAAUU